AUGGCGACACCGAUCUCUCCAUCUGAACAGUCAGUUACUGUCAAGGGCCGGCGCGUGCUGGCCUGCGUGCUGUGUCAGCAACGCAAGAUCAAGUGUGAUCGUAUAUUCCCUUGCGCCAACUGUGUACGUGCCGGCGAGCAGUGCGAGCAAGCAACCCGCCAGCGACGCCGGAGGUUUCCCGAGAGAGAGCUGCUGGCCCGCCUGCGACACUAUGAGAGCCUGCUCCGCCAGCAUAACGUCAAGUUCGAUCCUCUCCACACGCCUACUACAGGGUGUAGGUCUCCUAGCAAGGAUGAGCGAGAUGAACUUCCAGAGGUUGUUCAGUUGGAAGGUACUAUUCCUGAUACGGGUUCUCGUCUGUUGAAAGAAAAGAAAACAGUCAAGUCUAAAUCAUUGAAUCUUUGGCAUGCCAUGAGUCAAAAGACCGUAGAUCCCAAGGACGAUGACGGAAAUGACGGCGAAGACGAUGAAAACGACACCGGGUUCCUGCACGAGAACGAUGAUGUGCGCCACGCCGUGAUCAAGAACGCAUGGAACCAUAUGUUUCAAGGCAAAAGUAACGACCACCUUUUAUUCGGUUCACCGGUAGGGAACGUUGACGACCUUUCUGCUUUGCAUCCGACCCAUGUACAGAUCUUCAGGCUCUGGCAAAUCUACUUGGACAACAUCAAUCCUCUUUUAAAAGUCACGCAUACACCCACUCUCCAAACACGUCUCAUCGAUGCUGCUAGUGAUAUCGCCAAUAUCAAUCCUACAAUGGAAGCAUUAAUGUUCAGUAUAUACUGUGUCUCCAUUCUAAGUCUCUCAGAAGAUCAAUGCAGUGCCUUGUUCGGAUCUCCCAAAAAGGAUCUCUUGACGGCCUAUCAGUCUGCAUGCCAGCAAGCGUUACGGAAUUGUUGUAUUUUACGCUCUAGUGACCGGGAGUGCUUGACCGCAUUGUAUCUGUAUCUAGUGUCGAUCAGACCUGACACGGACCCUGCGUCUCUCUCAUCCAUGCUCAGCGUUGCUAUACGAAUCGCACAGCGGAUAGGUAUUCAUGAUGAAUCAAUGUACGGUAAAUGUUCUGCUCUGGAAGCGGAGAUGCGUCGAAGACUGUGGUGGUCGCUCAUCAUCUUUGAUAACCGCAUCUGCGAAAUGUCCGAUUAUAAGACCGCGUCGCUGGCUCCGACCUGGGACUGCCGCGUUCCGCUCAAUGUGAGUGAUUUCGAGCUUCAGCCGGAGAUUAAAGCCCCACCCGCAGCAAACAACAGACCAACAGAGAUGCUCUUUGCUAUUAUCCGCAGUGAGCUCGCCGACUUUGUCCGUCGCACCGCCUUCCACCUCAAUUUCACCAAUCCUUAUUUGAACACGAUCGCCCCUCGAUCUACCACUAUAGAUGAGGCGGAGCAGCUUCUGGCGUUGGAGAAGAUGGUAGAGGAGAAAUACUUGGUAUUAUGCAAUCCAGAGAACCCACUGCAUUUCAUGACGAUCUGGACCACGCGGGGUUACCUAGCCAAGAAUCGUCUCUUGCAACACUACUCCCAAUACUUGACGGCCUCCGUGCAGCAGACAGAUACGCGGCGCAACGUCGGUAUUUUCCACGCGCUGCGUAUGCUGGAGUGCGACACCAACCUCAUGACGUCGCCUCUCACCAAAGGAUACCUGUGGCUUGUUCACUUCCACUUCCCCUUUCCCGCGUAUAUUCACCUUCUGCAGGAUUUGAAGAAGAGGCCCGUCGGGGAGCAUGCAGACCAGGCGUGGGAGGCCAUGAGCAACAACUAUAAGGUCCGCAUUAUGGAUGCCAAGGAGGACGACCGCCCCUUUUUUAUCGUCUUCUCUCGGAUUGUCUCUCAGGCCUGGGAGGCGCGUGAACAGAUAGCCAGACAACAGGAGAGGCCCCUGGUGCCACCACGGAUUGUGUCGGAUAUACGGAACAAAGUAAUGCAGAUGACGUUAAAUUUCGGUCAGAAUGCAGACACAGUGCAGCCUGGUGGUUCCCCGGGCGUCGACGUGGAUAACCUGUCAAUGCCUAUGCAGAUGGAUUUCAAUGUGCCAGGCAUGGUGUAUGGCGCUGGCGGGCAGGUGCCUACAAGUUUGGGACCGUGGGGAUAUCCUGAGAUGCCUGGGCCGAGGGGCAUGGACGUGGAUGCGAAUCAGUUUAUUUUGUAA